AUGCCGCCGAAACAUAAAAAGAAAACGAAGAAACUAGAAAAUGCGUUGCGCGAAUGUCAUGUUUCAACCCCGCAAGAGAAAAUUGUUUCUAGUGUUACCUUUUCUGAAACUCUACAAUGUGAUCCAAAAAAAUGGCCUAAAUUAAAAGACAAAGUGCCAGACAUUUUCCUGCAUGAACCAGUCAAUUUCUUGCAACAUGUGAAGAAACUCCUAUUGUUGGGCAUAGAAUUCUAUAGACCCCAUAAAAGUCGCUAUUACACAAAAAUAACAUGUCGCACACACAACGACCACAAAGCUAUGGUUCAAUAUUUCGACAAGAAAAUGUUACCUUACCACACUUUUAGUCAUCCAAGCAAGCGUAAGAUGAAAAUAGUUAUCAAAGGGUUACCAAACGAAGUAGACAUAGAUAAACUAAAGACUGAAUUUAAAUAUGCCUCUUUACCUGUGAUAAGAAUGCAUAAAAUGCAUAGAGAGGCCAAUUCAAAAGAUAAAAACUGCUUUAUUUUAGCUGUUGUGCCAUAUGAUGAGGAAGGUCUUAAGUUCUUAAAAGUGACACAAGUUCUGGGGCAAAAUAUAAAGUUAGAGCCUCCUAAUUCUAAAGUUAAACAAUGUCACCGCUGUCAAAAGUGGGGUCAUGCUCAAAGAUACUGUCAUGGUGAGAUUAAGUGUGUAAAAUGUGCGGGUAAUCAUUUAUCUAAAAAAUGUGAGAGAGAUCCAAGUAAGGAACCUCCGAAGUGUGCCAACUGUGGAGGACAACAUACAGCUAAUUAUAAGAAAUGUUCACACUGCCCAGAGUCGUUAGUUCAUAAGAAAACUCAGAUGAGAAAAAAUAAUAGCAUAUGCACAUCAUGGAAGAAACCAGAGCUAGUCACUAUGGAGAAUAUUGGGAGUCUCUACAGAAAUGUUAUUUAUAUACAGAAACCUGCAAUACUGGCUCUCUAA